AUGGUGAACUUCAAGGCUCAUUGCCUGCUGGCAGCGGCUCAUGUAGCAAUUGCUGCUGCUGCGUGCACAUCCGACCUCCUCGUGGAUGACCUAUCCAACUUUUCCACAAACCGGAACAAUCUAGGUUCCUGGACGUCAGACGAUGGAAGCAUGACCAGCAUCUCCGCGUCCGGCGGAAUCCUCAGCUUCACCCCCAAAAGCGGAGCCUACUUCUACGAGACAUUCCCCUGCCAGGCGAUCGACUCGUACACUCAUGUGCAGUUUGACAUCAAGGCUCCCGCUUCGGGCGCGGCCUUGACAGCCGAACUGAACUGGGCCUCGAGCUGUUCGGCCACAACAACUACCACGAAGACGUCCUUUCGGGCUACGAGCCUCACUGGUGAAUGGCAGACGCUGCGCGUUCCGUUGAGCAGCUUUGGUGGAGCAAACCUCGGCGCUGCAGUCUCCGUGGUCAUUGGUUCCUUUUCAUCUACCCAGCAGUGGCAGUUGGACAAGGUCUCGUUCGUGUGCGGUCAGAGUACGCCUCCUUCGACAACAACAACUAGCUCAGCAUCAUUGACCACCAGCCGAGCAGGUUCUGCGUCCUGCUCACCCCUCCUGGUGGAUGACUGGGCCUCUCAGUCGCGUCUUGAUUUUCUGGGAUACAACUCACUUCUUCUACCGACUAAUGAUGAUGAUACAAUGCAAUCUGUCCUCGUGGACAACAACAACCGAGUGACAUUGACGCCAAAGUCUGCUUCAUCUUACUUCUACAGUCAGACCGGUUGUAUAGACACCACGAAGUAUGGCGGUGUUGCCCUCCGAAUCAAGGCACCGGCUGGAACGACAUUCAAGAUGGAGCUGUCGUCCAAAUCCACAUGCGACGGCGCGUCAUCAAGCUCAGUCCAAACGACAGCUCAACUGGGCUGGACCUUUGACGGAACCGAGAAGCUCUACAGCUUCCCGUGGUCGAAGUUCAGCGGACCGAGCCUGUUGAGAUCGAUCGUGCUCUCAGCACCCAACAAUCCGGUCACCUUGGGUCCGUUGGCACUGUACUGUGGAAGCACUCCGAGCGCCUGGGUUGUGCCAUCCGGUACCAGCCCAGCAGUCCCGACAUCGACCGUCCCGGCACCAUCUGCUACGGCAUCACCCUUCGUGAUCGACACUUUCAGCAACUCAGGCUCGAACUCCCUGGGAUUCUGGCACGGCGGCGAUGAGGUAGAUCUCACAUGGGGUACCAACCGUGUCUCUAUCGUUGCCCCUGGCCCCGACUACGCAUUCACCACGCUUGUCAGCGGUGGUUGCCGAGACAUGCGCGGUCACAGUGGAUCGUAUUUGCACAUCGCCUUCUCAGGCCAUACAAAGUUCUCGGUGUCUCUGCAGCAGCACAACUCGCAGUGCAGCGAUGCCGUGGCACCGUACCCCGAGACACGGGACAGUCUGGAAGCCGCCCGGUACGCGAAGGGCAAUGAUAUCUAUAUCCCCAUCUCUCAUUUCAACAUCAACCUGCAGCGUGUCACCAGCGUCGCUAUCAGGGGGAUCUACAGUACCGAGCCCAUAGUUCUCACCAAGGUUGAGAUCGUUUCGUCAAUCCCCUCCGGCGUCAGCAUACCCUCAAAGCUGCCCUCUGGCACCCUUGUCUUCCAAUGCACCCGGCCCAACUCCUUCGCGUUCGGCAUCGACGACGGCAACCCGCAAUACGCAGCCCGACUCGCGCAAAUCAUCCGCGACGCCGGAAUCAAGGUGACCUUCUUCGCCGUCGGCGCGGUGCUCGAGAACGAUGCCACAGGCAUGGCCAGCCUGUACAAGCAGCUGAAGAGCGAAGGCCACCAAAUCGCGCUGCACUCCUACACGCACCCGAGAAUGGAGGGCCUCACGACCGAAAACAUCGACUGGGAAUACAACGAAGACUACAGAGUCAUGACCAACAUGUUCGGCGAGAAGUCCAAGUACUUCCGGCCCCCGUACGGCGUCGAAGGCGCACGUAUGCGUCAGCGUUGGGCUGCUGCUGCGGGAGGAAAUCCGUACAUCGUCAACUGGAGCAUUGAUGUUGAGGACUGGCUUUGGGCUGAGACGAGCACGCCCGAGAAGCAGGUCGAUUCGUUCAACGCCGACGUGGCCAGGGGGGGAAAUCUCGUGGUCAUGCACUUCUCGUACAACACGACGGUGAACUACUUCCCAGAGUUCAUCAAGCAGGCCAAGGCGACGGGGAAGCAGAUCAUGCGGAUCGAUCAGUGCAUGGAAGAUCCGGAUGCUCCCCCUCUUUAA